AGCUGUCAUCAAGGCAAAGGGUGGCUACUGAAAUCAAAAUAUUUUAUAUUCUUCUAACACUUGUUUGGUUACUACUUGAUUCCAUAUCUGUUAUUUCAUAGUUUUUAUUCUACAAUGUAGAAAAUAGUAAAAAUCUAGAAACCCUGGAAUGAGUAGGCGUCCACACUUUUGACUGGUACUGUACAUGGAUAUUUCACUAGGCCUAUAGGCUGCAUUGUAUGCCUCUUGGGUAAAUCUGAGCAACAACAAAAACAUUUCAGGCUAUCCCGUUAAAACAACUAGAGACUACAGAAUGUGCAUGUUGUAAUUACAAUUUGAAUCUUAAUUGACGGAUUUCUAACUGUCCUUUUUGUGAGGCGCAGCCAGGAAAUAGUUCUGUCCAAUGGCGAGUGGUGGGGUCGAGUACCCACUCUAUAUAAGCAAGCUGAAACAGAAGUUGUCAAUAAAUAGGCCAAUGCACCCUGUGUUGUGCUUACUACAGAUGGAUGGACCUCCCAGGGCUACGGAGAGCUACUUAAGUGACAGCCCUUCACAUUUCCCUCAACUGGGAAAUGAAAAGUACCGCGCUACAGACACGCCCCCUUUAUGAGAGUCACACAAGUGCACAUAUUUUUCUCUUUGUAAGAAAACCUUAUAGCAUAGGCUUCUACAAUGUCUGAGCCAUGUUUACAUGUUGAUUUCACACACAUAUUGCACUUUAUUUUAGUGUUGUUGAGUAAUCAUGUGUUUUCAUUUCAGAAAAUAUAAACAAAAAUUAACUACAGUAACUUUUGACAUUUUCCCGCUGUACCAAAUCCGAACCGUAGCGCGACCCCAAAACCAGGUUCUGUGAACUUUUACACCCCUACUCAAGGUACCAUCCAUAGCCACCUUGUGACAGGAUGGCAUGUUAUUAAUGUGAUUCCUGUUUGUCUUUAUUCUACCUGUUCACUGCGACAGUUGUGAAUUUGUGCCUGGGUUGUUCUGGGAAUCCCAUGUUGCUAUGUGUUUUAAGGGCAUAGAAACAAUAUUAAAGGUGGGAGAGGAAGGAGCAUCUAUCAGAUUAAGAAUAUCAACAAGACCCCAGCCCACCUUUCUUUUCUAUGGCCUUGCUGGAAGAGUGUAGUGGCAUGGUGUCGUGAGAUGGGCGUGCUCCAAACUACAUGUCAGACAGUGCUGGUCACUGCCAAUGGCAUGCCUUCUUUUUCCAGCAAAUUCUGUGACCGUUGGUCCAUUGGCAUGUAUGAAGACUGACUGCUGCAAGAUGUUGUGUGUUUCCCUAUACUGUAACUAAAGCGGUAAUCCCCAUUCAAAAUAAAUGAAGGAAUUCAUGGGGAAACAGGGUAGCUCGUCAGUUUAAACGGUUAAAUUUGAACAUUUUCAAUCACAAGUAUGGUGCAGAUAAUCAACCUCAAGUUUGUCCAGUCAAGACAUCUUCAAAACGAAGCCCAUCGUGCAUGUUGGUUUUUAUGUAAAUGUUAAACGCAUUAGUUUGUCCUUUUUAUGAUUCUUAUAGAAUCUGAAAUCAAGAAUAGUGUCAUGUUCUCUGAGACCUUCUCAUUAUUUGACUUCCUCUUUGUCAUGAAAGGUGCUUUGCUCCAACUGUUGCUGAUUGGACCCCUGAGUCUUAUAGAAGAACUGAAUCUCGUGUGUGAUUUAUUUGAAGGUCUGUUUAUUGAUGUAUUUGUUCUCUGAGCUGAAAACUCCCCUGUCGAACAAAUACCUCCUAGAGGUUUUUCAUUGUAAAUACAACAACAUUUUGUCAAAGUUAAAAAAAAAGUGGAAAUGAUCAGCAUCACUUAAGUUGAUAAAAGUGACAUAAGAUAUAUUCAACAAAUAACCAUAAUGUAUAUCAGCUAAAGCCUCAAAACCGAAGCCAAUACAAAUGUGAAUUUCCUAUGCUUUGUUAUUAUAACCAGCUACAAACAGCUCUUUGUAUUACAUGCCUGUACAGUUGAAGUCAGAAGUUUAUGUACACCUUAGCCAAAUGCAUUUAAACUCAAUUGAGAUGUACAAACUAUGGCCACGCUGUCAAUGAAGCAUGCCAAUGUUGAAAGUUUUAUAAUUUUAAGCUUGGAAAAGACGCCCUUAAACCCAGACUUGGGACCACACAGCCACUUCACUGAAUAGCAGGCUAGUGAUUGCUUUGCAAUGCUUGCAGUUAGGAUUUGCCAGUAGAUUGUCGACUUGAUUCAUAAUGAUGACUGCUAGCUAAGAUUUUGAAAGUAUGUUGAUGACAUGAUCCGUCCAAUCAAAGCUACUUUAGAUGAAAUUACGUCAGAUCACAUAUCUGUGGCCAAUGACCUCGAACCUUCUUGGAUGGGCACUUCAAAUGUAACUCGAUGGCAGCACCCAAGGGGCUUGAAUUUUAGAGUUUUACCCUACCCUGACUACACAGCUUGCAAAAAUACAUUUAGAAAUCUAUGUUAUUAAUUUAUUGCACCCACACUGCUCGUGCUCGUCAACGAGCGUCUGCGUUGCCAAGGGCUAAAAUAGAAGUCCUUUCUAUUUUUACCGAUUUUUACCCAACUCCCAUACGGACUCAGGAGAGACGCAUCCUCCUGGAAGGAGGAGAGAUCACUAGAAAUGAUUCGGUUGACCGUUAUAUGUGUGGAUUAAUUGUCGGAGUAGGGGACGUUGUGCAUUUCGGGUAAAAUAACAACUCAAUGUUUAUAUCCCAGGACAAAUUUGCUAGCAACAGCAAGCUAGCUAAAUAGGACAAAUGAGCUAGCAAGCUAACUAGCUAAAUUGCGAUACAUGUUUAAUGCUUUUCGACCUGUCCCCAAAUUAAUGUCAUUGGUUCAGAGUUUGUUUUGAUAUUUUAACCUGCGUGUCGUGAUCACGUUUGGUGUAGUGUUGUACAUUUCAUGUAUUGUUUAGAGUUUUGUCGUGCCUUCGCUGGCAUGCAUAUAAAAUAACAUGUUUGCCUCACCAAGAUUGACAUGCUAAAAUUGCCACUGAAAGUAGUCCUGGUGAAUAGUAUGCACAAAACAAUGGUUGUCUUCAUUUAUAUCUUUGGUCAUGCUGUACAAUACUGAACAUGCUGUAUUAUUGCAUCCAAAUUGAGUUUAAUUCAUAUUAAAGUAUUUAACUCACCUCAUACGUCUUGCCUAAGUGUUUGAUUGCAUACUGAUUAAUUGAUGUGUAACAUGCUGUAACAUGCUGUGAACUUGACCUCUGUUACAUUUGUGAUUUCACUUUUUUGUUCUUUGAAAAAAAAAUUGUAUCGGUCACGUGCUGCUUCUUCCAGACAGUGACUAACUUUUAGCACUGUAAUUUUGAUUUCCUGUGUGUGUGGUUGGUUUCUACAUUGACUUAUACUGGCGCGGAAAGGUACGAUCGUGAACACACGCUUCCACGUGUGUAGGGUAUAAUGAGAACAACGCAAUGCCGCGCAUCCUUGUCGCCGUGACUGAAGAAGGGUCGACGUGGAAAUAGAGGGGAGGGAAGCGAUCGAGACCGGGGAUUAAGAUAUGAAAUUACGCCUAUUUGCAUGGCCAGUUUUUCUCCUUGCAUACACCGUGUUUGCUGCGCUGCCUAGACCUUAUAAUGUGAGGAUGGAUGCAGUGAACACUCGAUACAUCAUGAAAUGGGACUGGAAUCACUCCAUGGCCAAUCACAACAUCACGUUCACCGCUCAAUUCACAUUUUCUCAUAAACAGUCGGACGAGAGGUCCUACACAGGGAUGUGUAUCGGGAUAACUGAGGAGAGGUGUGACUUCUCUAGGGAGCUGGCCUACAUGGGGUCAUACAUACUGAGAGUGAGGGCCGAGGGCAGGGGUCAGAUGUCAGACUGGUACAGGCUGGAGUUCGUUCCUGAUGAACAUGCGGACCUAGGCCCCCCAUCCCAUGUGGCGUUCGAUCCAGGGGACACCAUGUUAACAGUGAGCUUCAGGGAGCCAAUGACGGAGCAGAACACCCCCAUGAGAUCUGUGUUAGACAUGUUCUUCAGUCUGCAGUAUUGGGAGAAGCAUUCACCCAGCAAGAAACAAGAGAAAGUGUUUGACUCCACAGAGGGAACAUUGUUCCCGCUGAAGCCCUGGACAGAGUACUGCCUGCAGGUCAAUGCAUUCAGCAAAUUGUACAAUAAGACCAGCCCGUACACACAGCAACAGUGUGUGAGGACCCUGGGAUAUUCUCCGUUGUGGAAGGUGUUGCUGGCUCUGCUGGGCUGUGUAGCUCUGAUGACGACAGUGCCUGUCUACAGAUGCCACAAAAAGAGAAAAAGUUUGGUCUCAAAGCACACAUUUCCCAGCAGUAUACUGCAUAACACACAGGAUACAAUAUCCCUUCUCCUCCUGCCUCAGGAGGAGAGCUGUGUGGCCACAGUUGUGGUGGCUGUACAGGUAGAGCAGACAAGCCAGGGUCAACAGCAACAGGUCAAGGGUCAGGGAGAUGUUGAGGCGGAGCAGGACAGUGGCUCCUCCUCCAUCCAGAGAGGACAAGGCAGCUCCAGUCAGGACUCUGGGAUCUACUCAGGAGAAGACAGUGGAAAGAAGAGCGCAGGAUCAACAACAACAAGUCAACCUAAAGAGACACACUGAGAAGAAAAAAAAUGGAUCCCCAUAGCAAACUGCUGUAGAGCAAUUAGUGGAAUUUUGGGGAGCAGAUUGGAUUCACUGUCAAGAGGAGAGCUCUUGGGGAAAUUCUCUUUUAGUCAAAUUACUUUUUAAGACUUUUUUAGACUAGCUAUAAGACCCGAUGCAUUUCUCUAGUUGAGUUUAUUGAGUUGCCUGGGAAUAAUGGCCAAUAAUGCAGGUUAUGGAAUGUACUGUAUAUGUUAUUAUUUUUAUGUUAUUCCCAUGCAAUAGGAGAUAUGAAAUAUAUUUUGCUCAGAUAAUUCACAGGCCAUUUAGAGUUCCUCUGUCCAGUGUUCUUUUGCCCAUCUUAAACUUUUAUUUUUAUUGGCCUGUGUGAGAUAUGGCUUUUUCUUUGCAACUCUGCCUAGAUGGCCAGCAUCCCGGA